AAUCCUGUGCAGCUCCAGAAAAAUCGCCUUGCAUAGCAUGUUAAUAUGACUUUCAAAAGUUAGUCUUCCAUCUAGGUAGAAACCCAGGUACCGCAUAUCAUAUAUCAUUUUGUUUCCACACAAUUUUAUUUGUUUUAUAUUGCAAUAUUUCAUAACCUCAGUGAAGAUGGAGCCAGACCUCUCUGAUGUUAAAAUGGAAUCCAAAAGUGGCCAACAAAAACAAGAAGAGCAUAUUCCCACAUUCACCCACUCUGAGGCAAUGAACACAGCACAAGAGAUGCUAGCAGGACUCAUAGUUGUAUGUUACCUUUUAUCCAUUUUGAUAAAGCACUUUGCAUUGUGAAUAUAAUUAUAAUUAUAUGUAUGUGUGACUUAACAUAGUAGUAGUAGUUCAUUAAUUUUAAAAUAAGUUAUUUGUUUAUGCUGCUUAAAGUAUGUUUUUAAAAAAAAAAUUUAUUGUUAAUAUAAAAUGUUAUAAUUAUUUUCAGAAUGACCCCUUACUGCGGGAUCUUGAUCCUCAUGUCACACUUGAAGAAGUUAAUUCCAUGAUAGCCUUAGAAUAUGGGCAGGCUAUGGUGGUUAAUGUCAGAAGACAAGACAAUGAAAUUGUCCGUAUGUGUUUUCAUCCUCAACAUGUAUCUUUAAGUUAUCUUUUAAAUAUUUUUAUUACCAAAGAAUUAUUAUCAUUCACACCGAAGUGCUUAUCAGUAAACUGGAACAUGAUUUUUCUGAUUGCAUUUUGAGUCUCUUCUGAAAUAAAAUUUAAUUAAUAAAAAAUAUAUAUUUAUUCAAUCUCUUGGAGUUAGUAAGCAUCUUCAUUACCGGUAUCUCACUAUCUUAACAUUGUAAUUCUAACAAAAUGGAAUUUAAUAUGAAUGAUAUUUUAUUUUUCCAGCUAUUGUUGUUACACAGAAAGCUAGAGUCAUUGAUCUGAAGCAUGCAAUCAAAAGACAUUUUACUUUGAGGCAGAUGCGUACAGGUGGAAGUACACAUAUCAGUUGGUAGGUAGUUUGUCAUGGGGAUAACUUUUUCUAGUUUGAAUCUUCAGGCUCCUCAAUUGUUGUUGUUAGAAUCCUUUACUUAAUAAACCAUUCAUGGCAGGGCACUCAGAAAUGUAUCUUAGUGAAACCCUGGUCAAAGGGGAAUAACUCCACAUUGACCGUAGAUAGGUUUAUAAAAUAAUGUUAAAAAAAAUCUAUUUCUUCUUCUAUAUAUUAAGGGCCCAGGAUCAAUUUAUUGGAUCAUUCUGGCUCCUAUGCAUGUAGAGGGGAUUUGCAAUGUUUCUGUGCCUAUUGUUGAUGAGGAUAAUUCACUGGUUGCAAGGGUCACUUAGUGAUGGUAUCAGGCACUGGGGGUUGGAAGGCCUGAGACAAUAAACGCAAAAUGUGUCAAGUGUUGUCGCCUCAAAUGCUCCUUUUGGAAGCUUGUUCCAUUCCCUGAUUGUCUUUGGCAGGAAUGAGCAGUUCCUAUACGGGUUUCUUGCUGGUAUGAGCCGGAACUGCCUUUCAUGGCCUCGUCGCUGUCUAUGGGGAAGAGGGACGAGUUUCUGUUUAAAGCUGGAUCAGUGGACCAGACCAUUAUUUAUUUGUUAAUAUAUUUAUAUGGAAUAAAUUGAUUCAUAUUCAUAAAUGUAUGUGUUGUAUUACAUUAUAUCCCAAUUCCUUAUUGUGUAAAUUCUUAAAUGUCAAACUAAUACAAAGACUACUCAUGAUCAUAACAAGACAAAAAAUAAAUCUGCUAUUAAAAUAUUAAGUUUAAUAGCUUGCCAUCUUACCAGAGUUUCAUUUGUUUUCAUGGCUAGAAUUUUUUUUUUUAUAUUGCAACAUGUAAACAGCAUGUCGAGUAGCAGGAUUUGGCUUUUAUGGGGUUUUAAUUAAUACUGGCAAGAUUUAGAAUUUAUGAGGUUGAAUGGUUUAAUUUGAAGACUAAUUGGAGAGUUCUAUUUCUUGAUUACAGGCGCUAUAUCUGGAAACGCUAUUGGUUGAAUUUCAAUGGAGAGAAGCUCACAGAUGAUAACAAGAAACUGAAAAGGUAUUAUUGUUAAAUUAAUUUGAAAUCAAAUUAAUCUAAAAUAAAACUUCUCAUAGCCAACAAAUGGAAAAAUUGUUUAACUUAUGUGAUAGUGAGAAAUAUUAUAUGGUCGUAUUGUAGUACCGGUAUUCUAAUUUCUUUGAUAAUUGAAUAAAUUUAUUUAAUGCUAUGUAAAACCAAAUUUUUUUUUUUUUUUAAUUUAAAACCAUGGUCUUUUUGAAUUGCGGGUAUUGAUAUAUUAUUGUUUAUGUAUAAUUUCUUUUUAAACAGUCUUUUUGCUACAGGUACUCAUAAUACUUAUAUCUUUUUUUUUUUCUCAUGCUUAUCUUUUCUUUUUUUUACAGUUAUGGAAUCCGGAACAGGGACAAUGUUGUUUUUGUGAAAAAACUACGUGAAAAAUGAGAAACUUAUGAUGUAAAAUAAAAUUGAGAAUAUUUGCCAGCUAGAAGGAAAAGACAACAAGCCUUCCUCUCUGCUGUUGUCAGAUUUCCUGCAUUGUUGCUUUUCUUGUUGUAUGACAACAAUGUUAUAAUACUAACUAACAAUAAUUGUGGCAGAGAUGUCUAGUUCUACCCAAUACAUUUGCGAGGGACACAGUGGCUUAAUCUGGUCCAUGUUAUUGUUAGUUAUGACUAUUUACUGUAAAAAAAAUUGAGGAGAUUAAGACAAAGUAAUUUGUUCUUAGAAUGUGUAGGUCCUGGUGGAGCAUGUAACACUUACAAACUCCUUUUCAUUGAACUAUGACUUGAGCAACUCUUUUUAGCUCACUCCACACCUUCCCAUUCCCAGUUCUUCCUUUUUGAUUUUUUGGUUAUGUUGUUUAGAUUCACAGGCUAAAUGCAAUUUUCUGUAUCACUGGGGAUUUCAUGGUAGAUGUGUGUGUUGGUAAUAGCAAUUUUUAAUCCCAUGCCAGGUCAGCUGCUACAUUUGGAUUUAGUGGUUGAGGUUUCUUUAUCAGGGUUUACCUCCUCCCCAAAGAAUAGUCACCUGACAUGUCCUUAGCUGGAAACAAAACCAGACUCAUUUGAACCUGCUACCUUUUGGCUGUCAGGCAGACAAAGCAACCAUUUGCUCAACAGGGACACAGCUGUUUAAAUGCAUAGUAUUCAUUAGUGAGAAGCAAUUUCUUGUCCUCUCUGAUUCUGAUGUUAUCACAAUAUCAGUAAUAGUGUUGUUUUUUUUAAACUUAACAUUUACAGUACGGUACCUCAUUCAAACAUUUAGACAAGGAGGGCAGAUCUGUUGAUCGUUUCAAAGACAAUAUACCAGGAAUGGACUGGUUCGAAUCAUUUAUGAACCUACACAAAGACACCCUGCGCUUGAGGUUGUGUCAGAACAUCUCAAAAAAAGAGCAGGAGUUUCAAUGACAACCAUCCAUCAAUAUGUUAGAAAUCUUAAAGAAACUUAAAAGACUUUCCUCCUGAAAACAUCAUCAACUACGAUGAAACAAACUUGUCGGAUGAUCAAGGACGCAAAAAAAUGAUAAUGAAAAGAGGUAUUAAAUAUCCAGAGAGGAUCAUCAACACCUCUAAAUCGGCAACAAGUCUAAUGUUUUCUUGCACAGCUGUAGGUGAACUGCUACCAGUUUAUGUCGUGUACAAGGCAGAGAAAUUGUGGGACACAUGGACUGAAAAUGGCCCUAAAGCCACCCGCUACAACCAUUCCCACUCGGGGUGGUUUGAUAAUGAAUGUUUUUAUGACUGGUUCAUGAAAAAGGCGCUACCAUUUUGUAAAAGAAAAACUGGACGAUGCGUUCUCAUAGGAGGCAAUCUGAGCUCACACUUAUCCCUUCGCAUAUGUUCAGAAAAUGAAAUUAAUUUUGUUGUCUGCCUCAAAAUGCUACACAUCUGUGCCAGUCUCUUGAUGUGGCAUUUUUCAGACCUCUUAAAGAAAAGUGGCGCUCUAUUCUGACUGCCUACAAAACAUCUAGAGGAAAAAACGCACAGACCAUACAAAAAGACAAGUUCCAGGCCUGCUUAAACAGCUAAUGGAUGGUGUAAGUGUCAAUGCUGCUGACAAUAUUAGGGCUGGAUUUAGCAAAUCUGGAAUUUACCCCACAGCCCCUGAACCUGUCCUGAAGCAUAUUCCACACAAUGAUGAAAAUGAGGACUCGGUCAACACAUCAGUUGCAGAUUCAUUCCUAUCUCACCUACAAGAGAUGCGGUUUGGCAAAGAGGAUGAGAUAACGCGGAGACGGAAGCGUCGCCUGGAUGUUGAGCCUGGAAAAAGUGUUGUUGGGCCUUCUGAUGAUGAGGUUAUAGAUACUGACACAUAUGAUUCUCCUACUAGCAGCACAGAGAAUGUAAUUGCAGACCAACCACAACAUGAUCUUGCUGCUAACCUUUCUGAACAUCAGACAAGUAGUGAUUCUGAUAGUUAAUAGUAUGGGCAACAUAUCAUUUUCUGAUUCAGUUGAUGAAUGGCUACCAGCACUGAAGAAACGCACAUUUGCUGACAUUUUUUAGAAGUUUACUUAAUGAACAUUAUCAUUCAGUGUUAAUUUUUACAUUAAAAAAAUUUAUUUUGUGGCCAAAGUAACCCUAUUGUCAAACUUUGUUUUUGUAUAUUCUUUGUAAAUUCCAUGUUGGGAUAACUUUGGCCACUAAUUAUUUUUUUUUUAAUAAAAAAAUUGAAGAAAUAAUCGUUUUUGAAUUAUUUGUUCUUAAUGGUAAUGCUAUAGCCCCUGAGUUAAACUAUUAAAUUCAUAAUUACAAUAACAGGUAUUGUCGGAAUAUUCAAUGUUCCACAUAAAAUGGACCAAAGUUCCCCCAUUUUACAGUACAAAGGCUUUACAUCAGCAAAAUUAUUUUUAAAAUUUCAGUCUUAUAAUAAUUCCUUGGUCAGCCAGCAAUGACUUGUUUCAUAUUUUGGGUUCAAAAUGCUUUUGAAUUAUUUUAUUGAUCCUGCAUAAUAUCAUAAAAUUUCUUUGAACAUUCAAAAACUGAACAAGAUUGGUAAAUUAA